CUUGACAACUUUAUUAGUGAUCACUAAUGUAAUCGGCACGACGACUACGGAAAGGCAGCAUUUGAAUGGCUCCCCUUUGUCAGUGACAGGACUCAUUGACUGUUACAGGACCCUCAGACUGUGCUACAGGACCUCACUGGCACAGGAGCCUCAGCCCUGCCUGCAGUAGGUGGCAGAUAAUCCCCUCCUUGCCCUACCAGGAGUAGCCAGCUGGGAUCACCCAGCAAGAAACUUCAAGAUUGAGAAUGCCACGUAAUGUUGAGAUCAAAGCCAAGGUACAUGAUGUGGCAAAACUCCAUCAAUGUGCAGCCCAGCUUUCUAAUAGUGAGGGUGAAAUUCUACACCAAGAAGAUACAUUCUUUUGUUCUCCAAAAGGAAGAUUAAAGCUACGAGUCUUGAAGGAUGAUAAUGAAGAACUGAUAUAUUAUGAAAGACCAGAUCAGGAAGGCCCUAAGUGUAGUGAUUAUGUGAAGGUUUCUAGAAAAAAUGGAGAAUUGAGUGGGGAUGUGUGUAAACUAUUAACUCGAUGUCUUGGAGUGAAGGGGGCUAUGAGGAAGACCAGAACAUUGUACAUGGUUGAUCAGACAAGAGUACAUGUUGACUCCGUGGAUGGUCUGGGAGACUUCAUGGAACUUGAGGUAGGUUUACAGCUCAGUAGUGUUAUAUGGGCCAUGACCUACAGUUCAAGGUGUGGGCGAAUGUUAUAUAUAGAACAUGCCCUUGUAUCUGGCUUUUCUCAUUGUCAGGUGGUGCUGCGUGAUGAUCAAACUGUGGAAGAUGGUGAGAAGAUUGCUAGUGACCUCCGCCUGAAGCUUGGAAUUAAGGAAGAAGACUUGCUUUCCGAGGCUUACAUGGAUAUGAUUCUUAAGAAAUAAAGGGAGAUGAUA